UUGCACGUUACACCUUAGAGAACUGUUCCUUUUAAUAAAGAAAGUCACAAAAUAGAUACAAAAUGAGUGUACCUUAUUCAUUACUGUUACCGAGCUUUCGUCAGUGAAAAUCUCGAAAUGGCGUGUUUCACUGCGCAUGUUGACGCCAUGGCAGAAACACCUAAUGAGUUCAAGUUAAAAAAUGCCCCUGAAGAUGGGAUCUCUGCCGUCAAGUUUGGGACAACCAAUCAAUUUCUUCUGGCAUCCUCUUGGGACCAAACAGUGAGGUUGUAUGAUGUCAUCGCUAACAGCAUGAGAAUCCAGUACAGUCACUCAGAACCAGUCCUAGACUGCUGUUUUUAUGACGCUGUACACUCAUACAGCGGGGGACUGGACUGCACACUGAAAAUGUUUGAUUUCAACACCAGCACAGAGCAGAAUGUAGGUCAACAUGAUGAUCCGAUCCGCUGUGUGGAAUAUUGCCCAGAAGUCAAUGUUAUUGUAACGGGAAGCUGGGACUCGACAGUCAAACUCUGGGACCCCAGGGCACCUUGUGCUGCAGGGUCCUUCAGCCAGCCGGACAAGGUGUACACAAUGUCAGUGUGUGGGGACAGAUUAGUGGUUGGCACCGCUGGGCGAAGGAUUCUGGUAUGGGACCUGAGAAACAUGGGAUACGUCCAGCAGCGAAGAGAGUCCAGCCUCAAGUAUCAGACUCGCUGUAUCCGCUGCUUCCCAAACAAACAGGGAUACGUUCUCAGCUCAAUAGAAGGGCGGGUUGCAGUGGAGUACCUAGACCCCAGUCCUGAGGUUCAGAAAAGGAAAUACGCAUUCAAAUGUCACAGAAUAAAGGAGAACGGCGUGGAAAAGAUUUAUCCUGUGAAUGCCAUCGCUUUCCACACUCACCACAACACAUUUGCAUCAGGAGGUUCAGACGGGUUUGUCAAUAUAUGGGAUGGAUUCAACAAAAAGAGACUCUGUCAGUUUCACAGGUACCCCACGGGAAUAGCAUCCCUGGCUUUCAGCCCUGAUGGUUCCGUUCUAGCCAUUGCUUCAUCAUAUAUGUAUGAAAACAAUGAGCCCGUCGAGCCCACGGAAGACGUGAUCUACAUCAGGAAUGUCAGUGACCAGGAAACCAAGCCAAAGUCGUGAAAGCCAGCGUACGCCAUGGAAUGUGUUCAGAAGUUUGGCCGUUGGGGCUGUUUCAUUGUAUGUGUUGUUAUAGAGGAGUCUCCCCCACUACCACCCCCUUUUCGUGUCAUCAACAGUGCAUUGUCCUCUGUUAUGUGUAGUAUAGACAGGGGGUGUUUAACUGUUCUCCUCUAAAUUUUAACUUAGAUGCUGGUUUACGAUUUGUACAAUUCAAUUCUCCAUGUACAUGUUGUUUUGUCUAACACUGUUUCGAUUUCUGUGUGACAUUUUCAUAGAUUUUUCAUUGUUUAUUUCAGAAGCCAUUUCUAUUUCAAGUGUACAUAUUUUUGGAUAUCAAAUGCAUGGAACAUGUUGGAAGUUAGUGGAGAAAUUGAUGAAAAGUUUUUAUUUCAAUAUACAGUGAAUAUGAAUUGUCAGUACAGAUUUAAUCCUAUAUGUAAAUAUUAAAAAAAUCUUCAUCUA